UGCGGAAGUUUAGCCGUGGAUGCUUAUAUUUUGUAUGAGGAUAAUCGAUUAGUUUGUCAGCCUUGCCGAAUGAAAAAAGAGGGUAGUGCUAGUAGUCCGAUUAGUUUUUUCGAGCAAAAUAAGGGGCAUUUAGAUAAGUGCCAGUGUUUAGAACAAGAAGCCCAAGAACUUUAUCUUUUAUUUGCUAAUUCUUUACGAAAAAUGGAAGAAAAUUUAAGCAAGUGUGCUUGUGAAAAUAGCCAAAAAGUAAGGGUUAGUAGUGAUGAUUAUGCGUGA